UACUGAGACAUCUACAGCUUAGCAGACAGAUACGGUGAACCGCCUAUCCCGGCUCCUGUAAGUGAUGCUGCACUGAGGCACACUUUGAUCCAACUCCAUUGGGGGGCGAUGCGCUCUCUGCAUCCCUCCUUCAAGAGUUUUUUUGGGGAGCGUGCACAACCUCGAAUCAGUCAAAACAAGUGGUCAUAAAAUAAAUUAGCUGUAAGCUGUCAGUUUUUCAUCAGAAGUCCUUUUUUUUCUUGCGCUCUUGGAUUGAAGUUUUACGCGCGGGUCAAGACGCCUUUUUGUAACGCACACGUGUAAAUUUGGUGCCAGCUGUUUUUAAGCUGGUAAAAUAAAGUAGGAAUUGCCAGGCAUGGUAGGCUAGGGAUGCAAAGUUAAUGUAAAAACACAGCUUGGAUCAAUGCGUAUCUCCGGCCGUGGGAUUGCGAGCCCAAGACACCCGAAGAGGAAUUACAGCGUCCUUUUCAAAAGUUGAUCGCUGUGCAUGAUUUAUUUUUCUCUCCUGCACAUGAGGACCACAGCUUUUUUAGCGCAUGGAUAAGUUUUGGUAGUGGAUAACAUUUUUUUCUUUCUUUCUACUUGCAUUGCGUUUUGCUGCCGCUUCUGAUGAGGAUCCUUUCCCCCCACUUCAGUUUAAUUCAUGGCACUUCUUUUUUUGUAAAUCAGUGAUGUCUCCACGCGACGGUACUCACGGUUGAUUUUUCAUCCUGUUCGAGCGGAAAAGAGUUGCUGCUGUAGAAAGUGAAGCUCCCGUCCACUCUUGAGUAUGGACUUAGCAAGUCAGGCUCAUGCGCUGGUGGUCUUGCUCACCUGUGUGGUCGUGCUAUGCCGGGCCCAGGAGAGGGACUACACGGUGAAGGAGGAGCAGCCGGAGAACGUCCGCAUCGGGAACCUGCGCAAGGACCUGGACCUCAACCUGGACCCCAGCAUCAGGCUAUCCUCACCGCUGCAGUUCAAGCCUGUGUACAAGACAGGUGACGUGCCUUUGGUGAGGGUGGAGGCCAACACGGGGGAGAUCUUUACCACCAAUCACAGAAUCGACCGGGAGAAGCUGUGUUCAGGGGUCUUCGCUGAGAAACGCUGCUACUAUGAGAUUGAGGUGGCCGUGCUGCCGGAUGAGAUCUUCCGGUUGGUCAAGAUCCGCUUCCUGAUCGAGGAUGUAAAUGACAACGCGCCCCUUUUCCAGUCCACUGUAAUAAACAUCUCCAUCCCGGAGAACACAGCCAUCAACACCCGAUACCCGGUGCCCUCAGCGUUUGACCCUGAUGUAGGGAUCAAUGGGAUUCAACACUAUGAACUGGUCAAGAGUGUCAGCGAGUUUGGUUUAGACAUCAUCGAGACCCCUGAAGGCGACAAGUGGCCGCAGCUCAUCGUUCAGCAGAACCUGGAUCGCGAGCAGAAGGACACGUUCGUCAUGAAGAUAAAGGUAGAGGAUGGUGGCAACCCCCCCAAGUCCAGCACCGCCAUCCUCCAGGUCACCAUCUCCGACGUCAACGACAAUCGUCCCGUCUUCAAGGACAGCGAGCUGGAGGUCACCGUGCCGGAGAACGCGCCCAUGGGGACAUCUGUUGCUCAGCUUCACGCCUCGGACGCAGACCUGGGUUCCAACGCACAGAUCCACUUCGCUUUCAGCAACCAGAUCUCUGCCUCAACCAAACGUCACUUUGCCAUCGACAGCUCUACGGGACUGAUCACUGUGAAGCAGCCGCUGGACAGGGAGGUAACUCCUGUUCACAAACUCAUCGUCCUCGCCAGCGAUGGCAGCUCCACCCCCUCCAGAGCCACAGUGAUUGUUAAUGUUACAGACGUUAAUGACAAUGUUCCCUCUAUAGACACUCGCUACAUUAUCAACCUGGUUAAUGGGACUGUUCUGCUCUCUGAAAAUGCACCUCUCAACACCAAAAUAGCCCUCAUCACUGUUACUGACAAGGAUGCAGAUCUUUAUGGCAAAGUAGCUUGCUACACUGACCAUGAUGUUCCUUUUCGGUUGAAGCCUGUCUUUAAUGAUCAGUUUUUACUAGAGACAGCUGCCCCCCUAGAUUAUGAGACGACUCGAGAAUAUGCAAUUAAGAUAGUGGCCUCGGAUAGGGGGACGCCUCCUUUGAACACUUCAGCUAUGGUUUUAAUUAAAAUCAAGGAUGAGAACGACAAUGCACCCAUCUUCCCCCAGCCGGAAAUCCAACUUUCCAUACCGGAGAACAAUGACCCCUCUACACAGUUAAUAAAAAUCAGCGCCACUGACGCAGACAGCGGACAUAAUGCUGAGAUUAUUUAUACUCUUGGCCCUGAUGCGCCUGACGGGUUUAACAUAGACAGACGGUCAGGAAUUCUCUCCGUUGGCAAACGACUGGACAGAGAGAAGCAGGAGAGGUACUCAUUCACUGUCAUAGCGAGGGACAAUGGCUCCACGUCCCUGCAGAGCAAUGUCACUGUCAGGCUAAUCGUCCAGGACCUUAAUGACAACAGCCCAGCUUUCACACACCCUGAGUACAACUUCUAUGUGCCUGAGAACCUGCCUCUCUAUGGAACCGUGGGCUUAAUCACAGUGACGGACGCAGAUGCUGGAGAUAAUGCGAUUAUAACCCUGUCUGUUUUGAACGGGAAAGAUAAUUUCAUCAUCGACCCUCAAACCGGUGUGAUCAAACCCAAUAUCACCUUUGAUAGGGAGCAGCAAAGCUCCUACACAUUUAUGGUCAAAGCUGUUGAUGGGGGGCAACCUCCAAGCUCCUCCUACGCCAAGGUCACUAUCAAUGUAGUCGACGUGAACGACAAUCGCCCUGUGUUCGUCAUCCCGUCCUCCAAUUACUCAUAUGACCUAGUGCGAACCACCACCACCCCUGGCGCUGUGGUCACCAGAGUGUUUGCCAUUGACAAUGACACAGGUAUGAAUGCUGAGCUGCAGUACAGCAUUAUCAGCAGCAUCAUCAUCACAUCUAGGGUCUCCCCUCGAGGUCUCUUUGCCAUCGACAAAACAACGGGUAACAUAACACUGCAGGAGAAGAUAGUGGCAGCUGAUCAGGGGCUGCAUAGGCUGGUAGUCAAGGUCAAAGAUCUAGGCCAGCCUGAGUCAUUACACGCCAUCGCACUUAUUCACUUGUUUGUCAAUGACACUGUGUCAAACGCUACCUUUAUCCAAGAGCAGCUUCGAAAAAGUAUGGAGACACCCUUGGAUCGUAACAUAGGGGACAGUGAGGUAACACCUCAAGCCAACGGAUACGUGAUUGUUGUGAUAGCAAUCAUAGCAGGGACCAUGACUGUCAUCUUGGUGAUAUUUGUGACUGCCUUGGUGCGGUGCCGACAGACACCCAGACACAAAGUGGUGCAGAAGGGCAAGCAGAGUGGCGAGUGGGUGUCACCCAACCAAGACAACCGUCAGAUCAAGAAAAAGAAGAAGAGAAAGAAGCGAUCCCCCAAGAGUCUCCUCUUGAACUUUGUGACCAUAGAUGAAUCCAAGCCUGACGACCCCACACAUGAGCAUGUUAAUGGCACUCUGGAUCUCCCUGUGGAGUUAGAGGAGCAAACCAUGGGGAAGUACAACUGGGCCACCACGCCCACCACCUUCAAACCCGACAGCCCAGAUUUAGCCAAGCAUUACAAGUCCGCGUCCCCUCAGCCUACAUUUCAAAUCAAACCGGAGACUCCAGUGGCCCCAAAGAAACACCAUGUGAUCCAGGAGCUCCCCUUGGACAACACGUUCGUGGUGGGCUGUGACUCACUCUCCAAGUGCUCAUCGACUAGCUCCGACCCGUACAGUGUCUCAGAGUGCAGCUGUCAGGGGGGAUUCAAGACUGCGGGGCAAAUCACCACCCGACAGAACCUGAGCCAGACACCGGAGAAGUCUUUUAACUCGCCGCCCCCCAUUUGUCCUCAUAAGGAGGCCUGUCAACUUGGCAAGAUAACCUCUGUGAAUACCCAGCGCCGCGUGACGUUCCAUCUUCCAGACGGUUCCCAGGAGAGCUGCAGUGACAGCGGACUGGGAGACCCGGAACCUAGCAGCACGGCCAGCACCACCCAGCCUCUUCCCCUCAGCUUCCCCCAGGAGGAGUACUAUGAGCAAACAUCACCUAACAGCCGCACCGAGGGAGAUGGGAACUCAGACCCUGAAUCUACCAUCGAGGUGAACCUGCAGAAAGCCUUGGCUGAGGCCUCUGAGACCUGUACCCAGGAGUGUCUGAUACUGGGCCACUCCGACAGCUGCUGGAUGCCCCCAGCCCUGGCCCAGUUCCAGGGUUCUGGCAACAACAGCCCCACCUCCACCCCUAUCACCACUGCAAUCGCCGGUACAAUGCCCUCCUUUGGCUUCCAGCAGAGCUGCGCCCGGGGAGCCAAAGCUAACAUGAUGAGCAUGGGGGUCAUGGAUGGUCGCCAUACCCUGGGCAGGUCUGUGCCCAAAAAAGAUGAACUGGACAAAGGGAUCAGCCGCCCGCAGUUCUACAACACCCUGGAUAGACACUGCAGUAACAAAGGGAUCAGCCGCCCGCAGUUCUACAACACCCUGGAUAGACACUGCAGUAAGAAGGAGGACCCUGUCAAGGUCAUCCCCCUGGCGAGCUUCUCCUCCCCCGGGCAGCAGACGCCCGGCGGGGGUAGCAGCUCUUUCUUACACGAGCACCAGCUGUAAGAGUGAAAGACAGAUCUCCAUCACCCUGACAUACAUGUGACUCAGUCCAUAGACGGCUUGUUGUCAGUGACUUUAUGAGCAGUAUGUAUGCGUACGCGUGGAGGUAUGCAUCAUUUGAAUAACUUUGUCCAGCUCCAGCUCAGUUUUACUAAUGAAGACAUCCGAGAAUGGAUUCGAUCACGAUGUUGUUGUUCAGACAAAAUCACCUCGGAUCAGUCUGACAGAUUACGCAUUUGAAAGGAAAUGUAGGUCUUAACACAGCAGGCCCAUGUAUAAUACAUAAAGGUAGUUCUAUACCAAAGUAGUUCCAUCACAGAAAAAAAAAGAAGAAUUUUUUGCUUUCAGUUCGGUGAUGUUUGCUUAGUGAUAAGAAAGGGCAGUGUACGCUUUAAGCUUCGGGCCCAGCUUAGUGGAACUGUGUCCUUAAAGACCAUUUCUUUGCGCAGAAACACUUGCAAAUACAGUGCUUUGUGUUGAGUGGGCUAAAUCAGGCUAAAUGUUAAUUAUGAGCUCUGGGUGGAUGGUGUUUCUGUUAAGUUCUAGUGAAGUAUUGCUCUGUAUAACACGCAGCACAAACUCCUUUGGUGGUAGAAGAUGUUUCUUUUGUCUCGUCUGAACGUGUUUCAGAAGUCUAUUUUGGUCAGGGGACUGCAGAAGGAUAAAAAAAAAGUCUACAAAGCAUAACUAGGCCAAUGGUAGACAACACCGGUAAUCUUUUGCAUCCUACAUUCUCACCGUGGACCAGCACACAAAAUAUAACAGAAAAAAAAACAACAAAAAAAAAACUCCUGCACAUACACACACACACACACCCAAGAUGUUUUCCAUAUGGUGGUUGCUCCAUCUCUGCCAACUCUAUUAAGAAAAUGUUCACUCCUUGCAUUAUCUCAGCAGCUUAGCCUUGAAAGGCGCAGACAGAUGCGCUUUGGAAAUGUACCCUUUGUUUCCUUCCCUUUGUUUCUAUUUCUCACAUUUUGCUGCUCAGAAACACUCACAUAAUAACAGCUAUGGAGCCAAUUAUGAAAUUCUCAGUCUAAUUACUUUGAUGUGUGAUCUCAGUAGCGACCCUUAUUGUGGUUUGGAGGUCUGGAAUGGUUCUCUUGGCUAGCCAGAAACUUGCUCCGCACGUGCCGAGGCAAUGAAAAGGUGACAAGCGCUCGGAAAAUAGCAGCUUGAAAAGCUCCCUCAUUUCCAAUCAUAUCAUUAAUAUCACCUAUUGUUCUUGCUAUUAAUUACUACUGUGUGUUGUCAUACAAGUCCGUUUGGCUGCAAAGUUUCUAUUAACAGUUUUUACAACAGUGUGUGUUGACACUGGGAUAAUAGACCAGGGUGCAAGAAUUUCUCCGGAGCCCUGAGUCUUACUGAAUUAUUGAUGUGAAUGUUUUUUUUGCAGUUAUCAUAAGGGUAGGCAUUGGCACCAUUUGAAAGGACCUCCCUGCUGCAUCACUGCCUGUGUGUGUAAAUCGGACUGAUGAUGAUAACUACUUCAGACUAACUUGCUGCUGUAACAGAUUGGGUGCAGGAUAAUCUAUUGCUACAGCAAUAAGUGACUUUGCUGAUAUCCAUUUUUCUCUCCUGUAACAUCCAAACCAGGUGUCUACAUCAUCAGGUAUAUGAUUCAUGCAGUUCAUUUUCUUGUACCAUCUUGCAAAUUGGGAACAGGCCUAAAUCUAUAAUGCAGCGUGGCAUUCUCGAGGGGAAGGCGCAAGGCAAAUUGUGUUUGCAUGCUCUUAGCCGCCACACCUAUUCUCUCUGAUAGUUGGGGUCAGGACUCUUAUCAUUAUAAAGAGGAUUUAUCUGAGAGUCAGUGAAAUGAUCACUUAAAGGAACACUGUGUCAAGGACACGGAAAAAGGGGCAAUUCAAUUUCACCUCAGUCAAUUACCAAAAUGAAUCUAAUUCAAAACAAGCAACUUAAAUAAAUUCUCCUGCAGUAUAAACAUACCCCAGCUUGGGAAUCCAAUUUCAGCUCAUUUAAUACCACUCUUUCUCCCCCCCCUAUCACUUUCCAUCAUUGAUACUUUGUCAUGUAUCACCAAACGGUUGAAACAAUACAUAUUUAAUCAAAAGGAGCACAUAUCAAAGGGAGCAUACAUCAAGAUGUCACUGGAAAUCUGAAUUUUAUCACUCUGACAAAUGCAAAUCCAACACUUGUUUUUAUUUUUACUCCAAAUGCCGCCUCAAAAUAAAAUCCUUUCAGUGUCUGUUUACAAUUAUGUGGGGAAAAGUAGGGCAAAGAAAUUCCUGGUUGGAUGUUUUCCAACAAAAAUAAAGCUGAAAAAUAACAAUUAAGUUCUUAAAAAAAAAUAAAAAAUCCCCAUUUUACAAGAAGUACAGAGAUGAUCUGCUGCUGUUGGGAAAAAUGUGCCCUUCCUCAUAUCACAGAGGGAGAGAUAUCCAUGACAUGAAUACGGAAUAAUACACUGUCACACUGUAUUUUAAAAAAAAUGUGAUUGUUUGAAAUAAUUUAUCUGAUCACACGUGUACAGUAAGCACAAUAUUACCUUUCUGUAACCCUCACUGUGUUUGACUCUACCUGCAUAACUCCUGUGUAUUGUAAUGUCGCAGCAGCUACAUUAAUUGAAAGACUACUUCUAGUGGGAGUAGAAGAAUAACUGCAUGAAUGUACAUCUGUAGGAUGUUGCUUUUGAUACCGACAUGACUUUUUUUGUCUACUGCGGUCCUAUUUUGUUCAAUUAUGCAAUUCUAGAGGUAAAAGAAGUGUUUUUAUUUAUUUAUGUCUCCAACAAAGAGCAUACCAUACGAAUGUGCAUUUGUUUUUUUAUUAUUUUGGAGGGGCUCCCCUGAGUAAGUGGUGUUCCUCUGUAUCAAAGGUUUUCAUCUUUCACAGUGAAACUGACAAAAAGUGGAGGGUGAUGAUCACGGGUUUUCACUUUGCAUGAUUCUGCUCUCACUGUCCCAUUUUUCUAACUCCCUCUGCCCUCAAAGUAAGGUUACUAUACAUACAACUGAUUGCUUUUUUUAUUUUUCAGAAUUUUUCUAUUCAAAAACUCGUGUCACGAUUACCAUGUCAAGGUGUGUCAUGAUUUGCAUGAACUGUUUGGACCUCCACAAGGCGUUUUCUAACACUUGACUGUGUGAUUCAUGCAUCCAUCAUUAGAUUCAGUGUCAGUAUUGAUGUUUACUGCUCUACCUGUUUGUCUGUCUUAUGGAACUAAACAAAUGUUACACGGUGUACACAUUCGAACUUUGUGACGUGUGCGUGCCACUUAUGCCUCCGCGUACACACAAAUAUCUAUACCGUCAGGUAAACUGGAUUUUAAACUGUACAUAGCAGUACCCCUGAGAACUAGUAAUAACGAUUACACACUGGAAAGACACAUACAGUAAAGACCACAGGCUAAAUACUGGAAUUCGCUUUGUUGAUAAAAAGGAAAAAGGGAAAACAUAAGAAGUGAUGAGAUGACAAUCUCUCUUGUAAUGUAAAUGGAUACAUAUGCAUAAUAUUGACGAGAGUGUGUUUGAAUGUGUUUAUAGGUGAUCUUGUAUGUUUGUGAGGGGAGAGUGUGUGUGUCUCCUUGCAUGUAUGAGCGUGCGUGUGUGUGUGUGCACAUAUGUGUGUACUGGCAUGCACCUUGCCAGGAUAUUUUAUGUACACAAAUGUAUCUUGUACAAAAACUAUAUCAAAAUAUGAUAUAAGACUUAAGUAUAUGCUUGUAAAUUAGUCAUCGGUGAGUCAGGUUGAGUUUUGCUUUGGGAGAAGGCUUCAAUGCUUGCCAGCGAAUCUGUAUUGGUCAGUUAAAGCUAUACAGUCUGUGUUGUCAUGCCUUUGUAAGAUAUCCCAUUUAAAUCUAUGAAAAAAAUGACCUUCCAUAUGGUGAAAUGAUUUUUCUUGUCAUUGAAUUUUACUUCAGCCAUUAAAUAUUGAG